AUGAGCCUCAAUAUACACUUAAAAGACAACACCUUGACCGUUGGAGACCUCAAGGCCCUCGAGUACUUUCAAUUCGCUGUAUGGCCUCUUUUCACCACUGCGGCUCAUCCUUGCCCACCACCCAUACCCCUAGCCAUGGAAAGUCAACCGGUACUUCUGGCUGUGUGUGAAUUGGCUGAGGCGCAUCGCACACUGCGAGACGAGGCUGGAAGUAGCACGGUGAGCGCACAGUUUGAUAAAAGAAUGAGCUGUCUGGCUGCAGUGAGGGAGCAGCUUCGAAAUAAUUCCAAUCACACAUCACUUUCACCUCUGCUGGUAGCAGUCUUUCUGCUCUAUUUUCUAGAUGGCUUUAUUGAAUGUGAUCAUCAAUCUGCAUCAACGGCAAGUCACCACGUGGGCGUCCAAGCGAUUGUCGAUCAUCUUGGAGGGUUCUCAGCUCUUAUAAAAAUAGGCCAAAAGGACAUCACUAUGCUACUAUCGGAAUUCGCAUCCACAGACCUGACAAAGGCUCUGCUGGACGACCGACCCCCUUGCUUUCCUGCUGAAAUCUGGACACAGAUAGAGCACGGGACAGUGUGGUGGGACCAAGGAACAUACAACGGCACGACACUGGCCUCAGUGUUUAGAAUCAUGUCACAAAUGUCUUUAUAUCGCCAGCAAAUCAGGGGAGACCCAGAGACACUCUCGAUGGAAGUGGUGCGAGGAUUUGAGCGGUGUCUACAGCCAUCAUACCAGAUCCUCGACUUUGACCAUCUCAAAAACCCCAGUACCUACACUUGCCCUCGUCUACCUUUACCGAGCAAUCUGUGGCCUUCCACCGAGGCAUUCUUUGGUACAACAACAUGUCCAGUCAUGCGUGGAAUGCAUCAGAAAUAUCUCGCCUCUUUCUAA